AUGCCUGCUGAAAAACUAACUUUCAAACAACAGAUGGAGGGGUUCCCCGUCCGUCAAAUGCUUGUUAUUUGUAUCAUUAGAUUUAGUGAACCUUUAGCAUUCUCAUCAUUAUUUCCCUAUCUUUAUUUCAUGAUUAGAGAUUUCAAAAUCGCUGAUAAGGAAGAAGAUAUCUCGAAAUAUAGUGGGUAUCUUGCUUCAAGUUUUGCCUUUUGUCAAUUUUUAUUUGCUGUAAGAUGGGGUAAAUUAAGUGAUAAAAUUGGUCGUAAAUUCAUUUUAUUAAUUGGACUAUUCGGUACUGCUACUUCAUUAUUAUUAUUUGGAUUCAGUCAAAAUUAUUGGCAAGCAUUAGUAGCCAGAUCCAUAGCUGGGAUCUUGAAUGGGAAUGUGGCAGUAUUAAGAACUGUUAUUGGAGAAAUCGCUACUGAAAGAAGACAUCAAGCUAUCGCAUUUUCAACUUUACCUUUAUUAUUUAAUUUUGGAAGUAUUAUUGGUCCAGCCAUUGGAGGUUCGAAAUAUUUCACUCAUCCCAAGAAAGAUAGUCCUUAUAAAUCUCAAGAUUUCGAAUCUCAAGGUUUACAAUCAUUUUAUGAACAUUUCAUUAGAAAAUAUCCUUAUGCAUUAUCAAAUAUCGUGGUGGCAGCUUUCUUAAUUUUCAGUUUAGUUUGUGGAUUUUUAUUCUUAGAAGAAACUCAUGAUGUUUAUAAAUAUAGAAAGGAUUAUGGAGUUGAAUUAGGUGAUUGGUUAUUAGCCAAAGUCGGUAUCACUGCACCAGAAAGACCAUGGACCAGAAAACACCAUAGUCAUUAUUAUCAUCAAAUUGACAAUCCUUCACCAACUAUAAGUCCUGAACCAUUGAUUGCUUCUACUCCAACUGAAAAUUCUCCAUUAUUACCAACAGCCAAUAUUGUUAAUAUUGAUGAAGAUCAACUUUAUAAACCAUCAUAUUCAAAUGCAUUUACCCCAAGAGUUAUAACUGUCAUCACGGGAAAUUUCAUAAUUUCAUUACAUAAUGUUACUUAUAAUGAAUUUUUACCAAUUUUCUUAGCAGCUAGAUUUCAAAAGGAUAAAUUAAAAUUCCCAUUCACUAUUGAAGGUGGAUUUGGGUUAGAUUCAAAUUAUAUUGGUACUUUAUUUUCAUCAACUGGUAUAAUGGGGAUGCUUAUAAUUUUAGUUAUAUUCCCAUGGUUAGAUCGUAAAUUAGGAACUAUCAAUGGUUAUAGAUUAUCAGUAUCAAUAUUCCCUAUUGUUUAUUUCUUAGUUCCAUUUACAAUCUUCACCUUGAAUAAAUUUAAUCCAAAUUUCCCAGUUUGGGCUACACCAGUUAUGUUAUAUACUUUAACAUCAUUAAAGACAUUGGCAAGUGCAACAGGUAUGCCACAAGUGAUGUUAUUAAAUCAUCGUGCUGCUCAUAAAGAACAUCGUGCUUAUGUGAAUAGUGCUACCAUGAGUAUCAUAUCAUUAGCUCGAUUCACGGGACCAAUUGUAUUUGGUUAUUUAAUGUCCUUAAGUGAUAAAUUAUCUAUGGGACAAUUGACAUGGUGGGUGAUGUCAUUAAUGGCUGCGGUAGGGAUGGUUCAAUCAUAUUGGAUGGAAGAGUAUGAUGAAGAUGAAGAUGAAAAAGUUAAACCUAAUGAAGAAUUGAAUGAUGAAAGUAAUGAAUCACCCGAACCAAAUCUUUCGCAGCAAUUACAACAAGAUUUCACUGCUGUUGAAGUUGAAGAUGAGACACAAACUAGUAUUCAUUAA